AUGUCGUCGAGCGCCGCCACAGCACCUACAUUGGGUGCAUGGCUUCAGCUCUUGCUGUUGGCUGUGCCCCUAUCAAGCGCCCAGACCCUGUCGCAAUUUGAGCAAUUUCAGAACUUGGCAAAGCCUUGUCCGGGGGCUCGCAAGUCUGGAGUGCCGCCAAGCAACUGGACUUUUUACCACGACAUCGACAGUCUCUCGGUCUGCGCCGAACCAGUUCUACUUGACUACAACCUUUACACGGAUCUCCUAACGGAAGGGGCGCACCUCACAAUCAGAGCGUGCACUCUGGGUGAUGCCGCUAGCGAGGCCAACUUCCUCGCCAACGAUGCCUCAGUUGGCGCCCUAGGUCUCAGUGACUUGGGCCAGGUUGCUCGCAGAAGCAAUACGUCCUUUCGUAACAUUACGUGUGGAGGCGGGACGUCCGCAGAAAACAAGGCGGCAGUGACGAUUUCGUCGUGGCAGCAGAAUGAUUCUACGCCACCCUUCAGCGACAUGCCCGGCGAACGAGACUUCCGGCCGAGCAGGCUUCUUCGCUUGAGUGAAGGCUCAGAAGUUGUCGUUCUGCGCGAAUUCGAAGACUCUGCAAACGAAACGCCGGUUUAUAUGACUCUCAGCCAUUGUUGGGGCCACAGCAUGCCUUACCGAUUGACAACGGCAAACCACUCGCAGCUUCUCAAAGUGGGCGCCCCUCUGGCCGAGCUUGGGGCCACGUUCCAAGAUGCUGUUAAGAUUGCGCUUGAGCUAGGGGUAGGCUAUCUCUGGAUUGACAGCUUGUGCAUCAUCCAGGACUCCACAGAGGACUGGAUGACGCAGUCCGUCCAAAUGCAACAAAUAUACAGCUCCUCCUUCUGUAAAACGUACGGCGAUACAACAAACAACUCUUGGCUCUUGCUGUACGUGGAGGAGAAGCAGCCAAUGUCACGAGGAAGCAUCUUCGACGUCAGACUCAAGCUGGAACGCCUCUCGCAGAAAGUUGUCUGGGUCAUCGUCUACAUGCUGAUACAAGCACAUUGUUGA